AUGGGAUGGUUCAAACAACUUCUGAAACCAAACAAAGACUCUAGAGACAUGUCUCAACAUCCUACACGAGAAUCGGCUGUGGCUAUAGCCACCAAAGAAGCGAACUUCCCCGAUGGCAUCAAUAUUUGGUAUACUCCUGAUGAUGCCACAGUUGACAUCUGUUUUGUGCAUGGUCUUUCGGGUAACCGUGACAAGACAUGGACGGGAAGCACCUCUUCUGAGCCUUGGCCAGCUGUGAUUCUUCCGUCUGAACUUCCAAACGCCAGGCUCAUGACCUUUGGCUACGACGCAUACACAGUGAGGAGGCAAGUGGCGUCGACAAACCGCCUUGAAGAUCAUGCCAAUAGCUUGCUUAAAGACCUCGCCGACAUCAGAUUGACCACCUCUUCCACCACUCGGCGUCUCAUAUUUGUGGCUCACAGCUUUGGAGGCAUUGUCUGCAAAGCGGCGAUCAUCAAGUCACAGUACAGCCCGGAGCUUCACUUUCGCGAAAUCUUCGACUCUAUCACAUCUAUUGCAUUCAUGGGGACCCCGCAUCGGGGUUCCUGGAUCGCAAACUGGGCUGUAACUCCGGCGCGGGCACUUGGCUACGUCAAGUCGACGAACACAAACCUGCUGCAGGUUUUGAACACGGACAACGAACAUUUGGACCACAUCAGCCUGAGAUUUCUGGAAAUGCUUCGAGCUUUGAGUAAAAGUGGUCGGGAGAUACGAAUUACGUGUUUCUUUGAAGAAUUACCAAUGCCUGGGUACGGUUGCAUUGUUAACAAGGAGUCGGCUACUUUCGCCGGCUACCAAAGUGUCAGCAUCCAUAAGAACCACUCCGACAUGGUCAAAUUUUCCUCUCCAGAGGACAACGGGUUCAAAAGACUUUUGGGAGAAUUGAAAAGAUGGGAACAGCCGAAUACCUCCUUUGGCCUGGAGCAUACCAGGUCUGCUGAGACAGCCACUGACCCUCGUCAGGUAUCAAGAGCCAAGCCAACGCCACCAACAAGCAGCGCUACAACAGGUCAUCCUACUGGUUGGACUGAUGAUGAUCCUGGCAAGGAGAGAACGCCCAACGCCGCCUCAUUUUCCCAGUCAGGUUCGGGAACUCAGUUCUACAUGGCUCCGGGCGCGCAGAACAACAGUGGUCGUGGACAGAUAUUUAAUGGGGGCAACUUUUCAGGCUCGGUCACCUUUGGCAGUCAUGAGUGA